AAGUCAUUCUAAGCCAUCCCAGAAGAAGAAUACAUAUGGUUCCAUGCAUAUAUAGCCUUUUAUUGGCACAACAAAGUGCAGUUGCAUUGCAUGACUACCAUCGUCGGUGAUGGCACCGCAGACGGCAACGCGGGUCGCCUCCGGCCGGCUCGUGUUCGGCGCGCCAACAACAACAGAUGGCAAGCUGCAGGUAAAAGGUGGAAGCAGGCUGAGUGUGAGGAGCCUUGACAAUAAUGGCAGGCGUGUUGCGGUGGAAGCCGUCAACGGCGCUGCCAGGCCGAACGGCGCAGCGGCGGUGGCCGACGUCCGCCGGCAAGUGCCCGCGCCGCCGCCACCGGAAGGCGACGGCGACGGCGUCGCCUUCCGGCUGGGUAAGUUUGCGGAAGGGAGGCUCGUGUACAGGCAGCAGUUUGUGGUCAGAUCCUACGAGAUCGGGCCUGACCGAACUGCCACCAUGGAGACCCUCAUGAACCUCCUGCAGGAGACGGCACUGAACCAUGUGAUGUGCUCUGGGCUCGCCGGAGACGGUUUCGGCGCCACACGGCAGAUGAGUCUCAGGAAGCUCAUUUGGGUCGUCACAAGAAUCAACAUCCAGGUCGACGAGUACAGCAGAUGGGGAGAUGUCGUGGAGAUAGACACCUGGGUCGCGUCGUCAGGGAAGAACGGCAUGCGCAGGGACUGGAUCAUCCGCGACCGCAACACCAAGAACAUGAUCGCAAGAGCCACAAGCAACUGGGUGAUGAUGAACAGGGAGACCCGGAGGCUGUCGAAAAUCCCCGACGAGGUCAGGCAGGAGGUGCUCCCCUUCUACCUGGACAGGAGCAUCAUCGCCGCCGCCACUGGCGGCGGCCGCAAGAUCGAGAAGCUCACCGACUCGACGGCGGAGCACAUACGAUCAGGGCUAGCACCCAGGUGGAGUGACAUGGACGUCAACCAGCACGUGAACAACGUCAAGUACAUCGGUUGGAUCCUCGAGAGCGUGCCGCUGGACGUGCUGGAGGAUUACCACCUGACGAGCAUCACGCUAGACUACCGCCGGGAGUGCCGUCAGUCGCAGCUGCUCGAGUCGCUCACCAGCAUGACGACCUCGUCGUCGGCGCCGGCCGAGCCGCCGCUGACGUCGAGCCUGUGCGGCUCUGACCUGUACAGCACACACCUGAUACGGCAGCAGGAUGACAGGGCCGAGAUUGUCAGGGCUUGUGCCGAAUGGCGUCGCAAGGAGCAUCCACGGUCGAUUGAACAGCUCUGACAAGCGGUUGGGUAUAUACUCUGUUUUGUAUUUGCUUGUUUUUGUUUUAAGAUUUGUGUGUCUUCAUUUGUGCUUUAUGCUUUACUUGAUUGGAAAACAGUAGACAAAGAAUUGGGGAAAAAACACUUGGAUAUUUUGAUGUA